AAAGUGGUUUAUGACUAAGCAAAGACGUGUUUCAAUCUUGAAUUUGAUUGUCCUUCUUUCUAUCCUUUUUUUAUUCUACUAUUUUGCAUUUCUAUUGAUUGGUAUGGAUAAAAAUAUCUUUCUUGUCAAACUGAAAUCCAUUCUUCUCACCAAGGGUCUCCACUUUCUUUUUAGUAGGCUCGGGUGGUGUGGUGGAGGUCUCCUUAUAACAAUCAUUUUUUUUUCUUGGAUCCUGAAUUUAUGAACAUGAUGGCUCCUGAGGGAUCAUCAAGCUCGGGCAUAAACCCCGCUCCCCACGAGCACGAGCCUGGUGCCCCUGAGCCUGAGCAGCCCUUGCUCUCAGACGAAAUUCGCCUCCAAGAGUUAGGCGAUUGUCUGAGAAUCAAUUGCCUGGGGAAGGCUAUGAGCCUCGGGGAACAAGAGGAUAUUGUGGAAACACAGCUCUUGAUUGAAAAAAAGAUAGAGCAAGCUCUCUUGUCCGACGGUUAUUCUAAAUAAGCCAUUCUAGAAAAAAGACAUCAAAUAAGAGGCUUUGUUUUCUAUCCGCGAGGCACACCCGUCUCUGGGUCCAAAUACACUAAAUAUUUAGAAGAUAUACAAAUGUUUGGGACCCACCAAAGCCUUCCCUAUUCCCGUAUUAUAAGGGCCAUCCAGAAUAUGGAUCUCCCUUUAGAUUAUAACGUCAAAAAUAGUAGAGUACGUAUUUAAUUUGAAUCUUGUUUCAAUAUGGAAUAUUAUCAAGCACCUUUCACUAUUUCGGAUAGUAUUUAUGCUUCUACCUUUUUCUUAGCAACUGGCUUUCAUGGUUUUCAUGCCCUUUAUCAAUCAUUUUUUUUCCCGGUAUGUCGCUCCGCGAGCAAGGAGUUCCAGGGACGAGCGGAGCGAAAACAAAGCAGGGGGAAUUCCUCGUUGGGGGAAAUCCUUUUAUUGCGUAUUGAAUAUAGAUCCAUGUCUUUCUUGUUCCACUAGCUAGGACAAAAUGAUCACAUGUCCGUUUCGUUAUUACAACCUUUUUUUUUAUGUCAAAGACCAGAAGCUACGCGAAAAUUCUCAUUGGAUCUCGGUUGUUCUUAACAGCGAUGGCUAUUUAUUUAAGUCUUCGGGUAGCACCACUAGAUCUUCAACAAGGUGGAAAUUCUCGUAUUCCGUAUGUACAUGUUCCUGCGGCUCGGAUGAGUAUUCUUGUUUAUAUCGCUACGGCUAUAAACACUUUCUUGUUCUUAUUAACAAAGCAUCCUCUUUUUCUUCGAUCUUCCGGAACCAGUAUAGAAAUUGGUGCUUUUUUUACGUUGUUUACCUUAGUUACUGGGGGGCUUCGGGGAAGACCUAUGUGGGGCACCUUUUGGGUGUGGGAUGCUCGUUUAACCUCAGUAUUCAUCUCGUUCCUUAUUUACCUGGGUGCACUGCGUUUUCAAAAGCUUCCUGUCGAACCGGCUUCUAUUUCAAUCUGUGUUGGACCGAUCGAUAUACCAAUAAUCAAGUCUUCAGUCAACUGGUGGAAUACAUCGCAUCAACCUGGGAGCAUUAGCCGAUCUGGUACAUCAAUACAUGUUCCUAUGCCCAUUCCAAUCUUGUCUAACUUUGCAAACUUCCCCUUCUCAACUUGUAUCUUGUUUGUUCUGGAAACACGUCUUCCUAUUCCAUCUUUUCUCGAAUCCCCUUUAACGGAAGAAAUAGAAGCUCGAGAAGGAAUACCAAAACCUAGUUCACUCGCUGAGUCUUUUUGCAUCCAUGGCUGAAUGGUUAAAGCGCCCAACCUAUACCAACCUAAUAAAGAGGCAAAUUCGUAGGUUCGAUUCCUGCUGGAUGCACUUGGAACGUUUAGUUCAAUUACUGCUCACGAAAUUGUUACAUAUAGCUCGCCCUUAUAGCUUAUGGGGCACUUCACUCGCUCAACACUCGUUCUUCACUCGCUAGAGAAAGAAAAAAUAUAGAUGACUGAAAAUCCCGCUUAGAGAUCGCAACUAUAGUGGAGAGAAAAUAAGUAUCAGCAGGCACUAAAGGGGAAGCUUAGAGACGAAAUUCAAAUAUAAGAAUAGAGGAGUACGUGGGGGGUGAAGUAAAGAUAACUCUAGCAAUAUAGACUGGGCCUGCUUCCCAUUCAUUCUUUUAUAAGAAUGCUCUUCGGCUGGUCAAUAGGGCGCAUCACUUUUGCUUCUGUAAUAGAGGCACUGUAAUAGGCGCGCUUAGCUAACGAAUAAAAACCUUGGUCCGCUUUCAUUGGUCUAGCCCGGUCAUUGCUUAUCUCUUUCUUCUCUAUCGGUGAAUUGGGGGGAAAGAGUGCUUGAAGAGAGAGCUACCCGAAGGAGGAGCAGUAUACGCAAGGUCUAAGCCCCUUACAUAGUUGUUUGUCUCCUCGGUACCCCCUCCCCCUUAUUCUUCCUUCCUCUGUAAUAGCUGCCUUGCUAGCGAAGGGUCUUCUAAGCCCUGAGCAAGCUGAGUGCUUAGCACUUUUUUAAUAGCACCACUUCUACCACUU